AUGGCCUUCGGCAAAGGAAAAAGCCUAAGAGAGUUGAUGGCCUCUCGAGGCAAAGGUCAAUCUUCAAAGGCGACAUCUCAGUCGCAGACCCCUAUUCUUCCUCCUGUUGCUCCUCAGCUCCCUUCUGAUCCCGGCCUAAAGGUUAACCCGGACCUGAAGAAGAAAAGGCCGGUUGAAACCCUUGAGGAAGGCGAGAUUACUCAGCAAGUGUUUGUGGCCGAGGAGUACUGCCGCAACAACCGUAACUUGGCUGAAGUUGAGGCUCAGUCUCGUGCUGAGGUGGAGAAAUCUGUAGGGUCCCUUAAGCAAGAGAAUUUUGAACUCUCGGAGAAGUUCAAAGAGGCGGAGAAAGGCCGAAAGAACGCUCUGGCCGGACUGAAGAACGCUGAAACCCAAGCCGAGGACCAGCGCCAAAAAUUGUUCGUGACCGAGACCAACCUCACCACUGAAAGGCAAACAGUGUUGGAUCUCAAGGCUGCAUUACAGAAAGCUGAGGAGGAGGCCCGACUGGCUAAAGAAGAGGCUCAGCUAGUUCAGGAAGCAGCCGAGGCUGAAAAGAAGGCUUCUUAUCAGCUUGGGGCGGAGGAGACUGAAGCCAGGCUCUCUGAGGAGCUUCCAGAGGUAUACAGGGAUUACUAUAGCAUCUCAUGGGCUCAUGCCCUUGAUGUUGCAGGGGUUCCUGCAGACUCGGCCUUGAGGUUACCCGAGAAGGUCUUCUUCCCUCCUGAGAUCCGAGAGAUCCCUGACGGCGCCCCUGAAGCUUCUGAGCAGGCCCUGGCUAUUCCUGAUGCCAUCCAUUUGCUUGAUAAGGCCAAGGAUCCUGCCAAGGAGUCCGUCUCCGAGGGUCUUGGGGCAGAUUCCCAAGCCAAAGAGGUUCCUCCUCCUCAGUCAGAGCAUAAAGAGAAUCCUCCUGCUGAGGCUUAA